AUGCUCACUAUUUUAAGAAUUUAUGAUACAAACUCUUUAAAAGAAGCUCAUCAAGUUCAUAAAAUCUUGCAAGGAAAUUCACAUAAUCAUAUUUCUGUUACAACAACAAUCUUGGCUGCCAGUGAUUUUAUUCCUUUAUUAUUUAUUUACAAAGAUAUUUGUGCAAUUCCAGAUUUAUUAUCUGGUGCCUCACAUGGCUCUGUUAUAGUUUCACCAAUUCAGGAUACAUGCGAGAGGCACUUUUCUAAAUGUAUAUUGAGCAUUUUGUCAGCUCAAUUCACCCUUCUCAUCCAUAAAGGUGAAGUGACAACCAAGCACACAUUUGCAAAAAUUCUUAGGCCAGCAUUUGCAGCAACUUAUACUUCAGAAACAAUUAAAAAUUUCUUUAGAGCUAUAGGAAUUUGGUUAUUUAAUCCUGAUGCAAUAAGUUUUGAUUGUCUUGCCUCUUCAUUAACAAUGGAAUAA